AUGAGUAGCUUGCGGUUUCUUGAUCUCGUUAAGCCCUUCGUGGCAUUCCUGCCCGAGGUUCAGCAGCCCGAGACCAAGGUUCCCUUCAACCAAAAGUUGAUGUGGACAGGUCUGACGCUGCUGAUCUUCUUGGUCAUGAGCCAAAUGCCCCUUUACGGUAUCGUGUCGUCCGAUACCUCCGAUCCUCUAUACUGGCUACGAAUGAUGAUGGCGAGUAAUCGAGGAACACUGAUGGAAUUGGGUAUUACGCCAAUUAUCUCCUCCGGCAUGGUCUUCCAGCUCCUCGCUGGUACCCACAUGAUUGACGUCAACCUUGACCUCAAAUCCGAUCGCGAGCUCUACCAAACUGCCCAGAAGCUCUUUGCCUUCAUCCUCUCUGCCGGCACUGCAACUGUCUACGUCUUCACUGGUCUUUAUGGCCCUCCUUCCGAUCUAGGCGCCGGUAUCGUCUUCCUCUUGAUUCUCCAACUUGUCGUCGCUGGUAUGAUUGUCAUCCUCCUCGAUGAGCUCCUACAGAAAGGAUAUGGUCUUGGCAGUGGUAUCUCUCUGUUUAUCGCUACCAACAUCUGCGAGUCGAUCAUGUGGAAGGCCUUCUCUCCUACUUCCAUCAACACCGGUCGUGGUCCUGAAUUUGAGGGUGCUGUUAUUGCCUUGUUCCACUUAUUAAUGACGUGGCCCAACAAGCAGCGUGCUCUACAGGAGGCUUUCUAUCGCCAGAACCUCCCCAACAUCAUGAACCUUCUGGCUACUCUGGCUGUGUUCGCCGCCGUUAUCUACCUCCAAGGUUUCCGCGUCGAGAUCCCGGUCAAGUCUUCUCGCCAGCGAGGUGCACGUGGUUCCUACCCCGUUCGUCUAUUCUACACCUCUAACAUGCCCAUCAUGUUGCAAUCCGCCCUUUCCUCCAACAUCUUCCUGAUUAGCCAAAUGCUCUACUCCCGUUUCUCUGAGAACCUCCUCGUCCGCAUGUUCGGUGUCUGGGAAGCGAGGGAAGGAUCUGCCCAGCUUUCUGCGAUCUCCGGUCUUGUUUACUACAUGUCUCCCCCGCUCAAUUUCCGCGACGCCGUCCUUGACCCUAUCCACACCGCUGUAUACAUCACGUACAUGCUUAGCGCCUGUGCUAUCUUCUCGAAGACCUGGAUUGAGGUCUCUGGUUCCAGCCCUCGCGAUGUUGCCAAGCAGUUGAAGGACCAAGGACUCGUCAUGGCUGGUCAUCGUGAUCAGAGCAUGUACAAGGAGCUGAAGCGCAUCAUCCCUACCGCUGCUGCCUUUGGUGGUGCUUGCAUUGGUGCGCUCUCCGUCGCCAGUGAUCUUAUGGGAGCUCUUGGCUCUGGAACCGGCACUCUUCUUGCCGUCACGAUCAUCUAUGGUUACUUCGAAAUCGCCGCGAAAGAGGGCGAUCUCGCAGGAAUGAAAGGAAUGAUCAUGGGAUAA